AUGAGACUUUCCACUCUCCUUCUUGCUGCCUCCGGCUCUGCAGUUAUUGCAGCCCCGACCCCCAGUCUGCUCGGAGACAUACUCAGUCUGACAAACAAUGUCAUUACCACCGUCACUUCCACUAUUGUCAAUGACUUGGCCUCGCAAGUCGCAGCUCUUGGCUGUGUCUUGCAGACCAACGCCAACCAGCAUGGUCAAAUUGUGAGCUCGGUCGCUCUUACCAUUGAGGCUAUUGAGGUCGCCGCCAAGAGAUUCACCCAGAUCUGCAACUGGUCGAAGCCUGGAAGGCAAUAUAUCAACUGGUCUACAUACAAGGCCAAUGGUGUCAACCUCGGCGCUUGGUUGGAGAUUGAGCAGAACUACGACACUGAAUGGUGGGCUGCUAAUGUCGGCUCGUUCCCUGAUGAAUGGACUUGGUGCUCCACCGUUGGUUUCUCGGUCUGCGGACCUAUCCUCGAGAAACGCUAUGCUUCUUUCUUCACCAUUGCCGAUAUUGACAAGAUGGGUGCUAAGGGAAUCAAUACCCUUCGUAUCCCAACAACUUAUGCAGCUUGGACUAAGGUUCCUGGCAGCGGGCUCUACUCUGGUAACCAACAGGGUUACCUCAGAGCCCUANCCAACUACGCCAUCGACAGAUACAACAUGCACGUUGUUAUCGGUCUCCACUCCNUGCCUGGUGGUGUCAACACUCUUAGCAUCGGUGAAGCCUUCGGCCACGAUGCUUGGUUCCAGAACAGCACCAACCUCGACUACAGCUUCAAAGCCAUUGACUCUGUUUUGAACUUCAUCAAGACUUCCGGCCGCCAGAACGCUUUCACCAUUGCUCCCAUCAACGAGGCCAGCGACAACUUUGCCGGUUUCGCCACUCCUGCUGGUCUUACCGAUGCUGGUGUCAACUGGAUCAACACUUACAUCAAGGGUGUUCUCGCUCGUAUUGCCAAGGUUGACAAGAGAAUCCCUCUGAUGCUCCAGGACUCGUUCUUCAGCGAGAUGUUCUGGUCGCCCUUCUACCCUGCCGGCACCAACCUUGUUAUCGACUCUCACAUCUACUUCUUCGCUGCCGCUGGUGCCUACUCGCAGUACGUUCCUGCAGCCGUCUGUGGCCAGGCCAAGUACAUCGGCCAGGGUGAUGGCAAGUUCCCCGUCUUCAUCGGCGAAUGGUCGCUCCAGACACUUUACAACAACACUCUGAGCAACAGAAAGACCCUCUACGACACCCAGGUCUAUGCUUACCAGAAGUAUGCUUCCGGUGGUGCUUUCUGGAACGGCAAGAUGCUUAACACAGUUGAUGGCGUUGACGGCGAGGGUAAACUCCAGGACUACUGGUCUUGGGAGGGUCUUGCUGAUGCUGGUGUUGUCUCCAACACCAUCGAUCAGAGCUACUGCUAA